ACAAAAUCAAAAAAAAAAAAAACAAACAAAAAAUAAUCAAACAGAUUAAUUUAAAAAUAAAUAGGAUAUAGCUUAAGAUUUAUAGAGUUAUUUUAAAGCAUAAAACAGAUGAAAUUAUUUGAAUAAUGCUUAAAAAAUAGCUGCGAGCAGCUUAGAUUUAGAUAUGAAUAAACUUAAAAGUUAUUUUAAAGAACUUAUAUUGAUUAUACUUAAUGCACACUAUAAAAAUUGAAUGCUUUAGGAUCAUUUACAAAUGAAAAUGACAAUCAAAAUAGUAACAUUAUUGGUGGAGGAGAUAUCCCAAAUAGUAGUAAGAAAGACCCUAGCUAAUAAUACCUUAACGAUAUGUCUAAAUAAAUUAUAUAAAUAUAUGAAAGUUGUUACUUAGAAUAAGGUAAAAAUUUAGUAGAGCUUGACAGUUAUAAAGACUGCUAAAUAAAUUGUCUUUAAUAAGCUAUUGAUUUAACAUAAAAACAAUAGUCUUCCUCUAAUCUUAGUACUAAUUUGAUUCUCGCUAUAAUAUUCAGUCUUAUAGGUUUUGUAAUAAUUAUUUUUAUCACUAACAGAUGCUAUAAGCUAAUCAAGAGGAGUAGAGAUCAUACAUUAUUGUAAGAAUUUGAAGAUUAAAACUAAAAGUAUGCUGUUGAUGGAGAAGAUCCUGAUGUGCUAGUAUAGAAAUAGCACAACAACCAUGCCAAAUUGUUUGUAACUUCAAAUAGCAAAUACUCAUAUAAGAAGCGCUUGAAUGGGGCUUUAUAGCGCUUAGAUGUAAAUAAAGUAAAAUAAAUAAUAAGUCAUUUGAAAUAGUAAAAUCCAGAUGUGAGUUUUGAUGAUAAAGCUGAUCACCAAUUUUCUCCUCAACAAUCUGAAGUAUUUUAAGUUAAAAAUUCUAUUCAUAGUUGUAUAAACUAAAAUAGUAUAGAAAGUUCAAAUUUUAUACGUUAAUUUACUAAAAAUAAUGCUAAAUCAAUUCGAACUGAAAAUAAUCAUAUAAGCUCAGAAAAUCAAUCUACAAAUAUAAAUAACAGUAAUAGCUGCAUGCAAUAACAUUAAACAAAUAUAAGAUCCAUUCCUAGUAAUUCUACAUAUGACAAAUCCCUUAGUAAUUUAUAUAAAUAUGAAAUCUCAAGUUUCCCAAGCUAGCCUUGCACAAGCCCUUAAUUUCAAUCACUUGAAAAGCAAUAUAACUUAACUAGGAUAGAUGAAGAUACUUAAUAAUAAUAAGAAAAUCAAUAGUAAAAUGAAUCAGGUGCUAAUGAUAGAACCCAUUAAUUUUAAUGUUAUAAACCUUAAGGAUCUUGCUUAACCUCUCCUUGUGAACCUUUGGAUAAAUAGGACAGAUCUAUACCACCCCUCAGCUUAUCAUAAAGAAAUAUAGAAGAUAAUACAAACUAAAAAUCACCAGAUUAAAAAAAAAAUAAUUAUAAAGCUAGUUGUUAUUCUUAAAUUCAAAUAUCUCCUAUAAUUUUAGAUAACCUUUAAACCUAAGAAUUUGCUGAACCAAGUCCGUAAUAUCUUAAGGGAAAGAGUAAUAAAUCUAUUAAAUAGUUUAAACUUGAAAAAGAUACUCCCCCUGCUUCUCUUUAAGAUAUUUGCUAAAAGUAAACUUAAUCAAAUGAAAGCUCAUCUGAGGAAGCAGACUGUACUAUCCAGCUCAAAUAAAAAAAUUCAUAUUAAAAUCCGCAUAAUAAUUAGGUUAAAUUCAAUAAUUGCAUGAGAUCUAAAUCAUUGUAUGAAGAAUAAGAAGCAAAAUUCAAUCAAAAUUAUUAAAACGAGACUGUAGUUUGA